CCUAUCGAUUUGCUCUGUGCUCCGCAGCUCUUUCUGGUUGCAAGCAGCCAUCUUGCCUGGAGCUUGAGACAGGGAGGAGAGAAGGAACCGGUGACACCGGGCUCAGGGCCGCCCCGGGGGCCUCAAGAACCUGGGGCAGCCCCGGAGGGGGUCCUGGGUCCUGGGCUAUGCUCUAGGACUAGAAAAGGGAAGGCAGAGGGCUUGAUGGGCGGGGAAUGUCAAACAAGACCGGCUGGGUGGGGGAGGGGCGUUGCUAAGGCAACUGGGGAGGGCGGGGUCAUGUCUGAAUUGCUGCUGUGAGUCACCGGAGUGCUGCCCAGGAAAGGCAGGGCUGGAGUGAUGACCAUGCUAGCGACCCAGUGGGAUUUCGCGACAUCACCUGUGUGGAGGGACUUCGUGUCUAUGGCAACUGUCACCUGGUGGAAGGGGCGGAACUAGAUUUCCUCUGUCUGGGACGCCGGCAUUCCAAGCCCUUGUCCUGCAGCCUCCCGCAGGCAGACGCGCCAUAGAAGGAAGCCAGGGAAUGGCCGCGGUGUGGCAGCAAGUCUUAGCAGUGGACGCGAGGUACAACGCCUACCGCACACCAACGUUCCCACAGUUUCGGACCCAGUAUAUCCGCCGGCGCAGCCAGCUGCUGCGGGAGAAUGCCAAGGCUGGCCACCCCCCAGCCUUGCGUCGACAGUACCUGAGGCUACGGGGCCAGCUAUUGGGUCAGCGCUACGGGCCACUCUCUGAGCCAGGCAGUGCCCGUGCCUAUAGCAACAGCAUUGUCCGCAGCAGCCGCACUACCCUUGACCGAAUGGAGGACUUUGAAGAUGAUCCUCGAACCCUGGGGGCCCGAGGGCACCGCCGUUCUGUCAGCCGAGGCUCCUACCAGCUACAGGCACAAAUGAACCGAGCUGUCUAUGAGGACAGGCCUCCUGGCAGUGUGGUACCCACAUCGGUGGCAGAGGCAAGUCGUGCCAUGGCCGGGGACACAUCGCUGAGUGAAAACUAUGCCUUUGCAGGCAUGUACCAUGUUUUUGACCAGCACGUGGAUGAGGCAGUCCCAAGGGUACACUUCGCCAAUGACGACCGGCACCGCCUGGCCUGCUGCUCACUGGACGGCAGCAUCUCCCUGUGCCAGCUGGUGCCUGCCCCACCCACUGUGCUGCACGUGCUGCGUGGCCACACGCGUGGCGUCUCCGACUUCGCCUGGUCCCUCUCCAAUGACAUCCUCGUGUCCACCUCCCUCGAUGCCACCAUGCGCAUCUGGGCCUCCGAGGACGGCCGCUGCAUCCGUGAGAUCCCUGACCCUGAUGGCGCUGAACUGCUGUGCUGUACCUUCCAGCCCGUCAACAACAACCUCACUGUGAGGCUGCUGCUAGGGAGCAAGAGGAUGAGGCUGAAAGAUCAUGUAGUCUAUCAGUGGCAGCCCCACUGUGGUCAGACUCCAGGACAGACUGGUGAUCAGAGGGCAGAGGAAGACAUGGUGGGGAAUGCCAAGCACAAUGUGCAUGUCAUGAACAUCUCCACAGGCAAGAAAGUGAAGGGUGGCUCCAGCAAGCUGACAGGCCGCGUCCUCGCCCUGUCUUUUGACGCCCCUGGCCGCCUUCUCUGGGCAGGUGAUGACCGUGGCAGUAUCUUCUCCUUUCUCUUUGACAUGGCCACAGGGAAGCUGACCAAAGCCAAGCGACUGGUAGUGCAGGAGGGCAGCCCUGUAACCAGCAUCUCUGCCCGCUCCUGGGUCAGCCGUGAAGCGCGGGACCCCUCCCUGCUCAUCAACGCCUGCCUCAACAAGCUGCUGCUCUACAGGGUGGUGGACAAUGAAGGGACCCUGCAGCUGAAGAGGAGCUUCCCCAUUGAGCAGAGCUCCCACCCUGUGCGCAGUAUCUUCUGCCCCCUCAUGUCCUUCCGCCAGGGGGCCUGUGUGGUGACAGGCAGUGAGGAUAUGUGUGUUCACUUCUUUGACGUGGAGCGGGCGGCCAAGGCUGCUGUGAACAAGCUGCAGGGCCACAGUGCACCAGUGCUCGACGUCAGCUUCAACUGUGACGAGAGUCUGCUGGCCUCCAGCGACGCCAAUGGCAUGGUCAUCGUCUGGAGACGAGAGCAAAAGUAGGGUGCCGCCAGCCCUGCACUGCCCGCCACCGCCGCGGCCGUUCCCUCCUCUCCCUCCGGGCUUGUGUUGUAAAUAAAACUUCCGUGGUUGUGUUGAGGGGCAACUCCCAGGUCUCCCACAAGGGGGCACUAGGGAGCACUGAGCCCUCCGGUGAAAGGGAGAUGGCUUCCUCGGUUGUGCAGUAUUGUGUUCAUCCAUGCAACAAGCACUGAGUAUCUGCUGUGAUGUGUCACGUAGUUGUGAGUCAGUAGACAGGAAAGAGAGCACCAACUGUGUUGUCAGGAACUGUUCUGAAAAGGAGGGAUGCUGCUGUGGCCUCAACCAACGCAAACUCCUGCCCUUGUGGCCUUGCAUCCUAGGGGACGCAAGCACGCGGUAUACAAAGUACAGCCAUUCCUUGGAGUAUAAUUUGCUUUAUAAUUUUUCAAUUUUUUGACCGUACAGUGCUACAGAACCACACACAUACACCUGGUCUUGUUUUUCUACUUUCAGUAUGGUGUUCAGUAAAUUACAUGAGCUAGUCAACAUUUUGUUAUAAAAUAGACUUUGCAUUAGGUGAGUUUGCCUACCUGUAGAAUAAUGUCACUGUUCUGAGCCCAUUUGAGGUCGGUGGGGCUAAGCUAGGGUGUUUGGUAGGUUAGGUAUAUUAAUGCAUUUUCGACAUACACUAGUUCAAGUUCAGGCAGAUUGGUUGGGGUCUAACCCUAUUGAGUGGAGAAGCAAGCAUCUGUAUAUAAUAGGCUAGUUCAAGAUGGGCGGUGUGGAGAUGAAGAAAGGAAGAAAGGGGACGAGGCUGCAGGGACGGGAGCGGGAGCUUCUUUUGGUGAUGUCAUUUGAAGAUCCGAAUGAAAUGAGGGAGGUCAUCGUGGGGGGGGGGUAGAAGAACAUCCUCAACAGAAAGAAAGGCUAGCGCAGAGCCACCGAGACGGGAGUGUGUCAGAGUAUGACCCGGCUGAGUGUGACACAUGACAUUAGGUCUGGAGGGCUUUGUGGGCCAUGCUGAGGAGCUUGCCUUUUCCUGGGUGAGGGAGGUUGGGGUGCAGGAUCAGACAGCAAUAGAGAACUUAGGAGAGGAAUGGUGAGUUCAACCCCAAGGGUUUCAUCAGAUUACAUUGUAAAAGUUCCCAACCGGACACCCCACUCUUAUCUGUGCAUUGACUUAUGGCCCCCAACCAGGGAGCAGAAGUGGUGUGUGGAGGUCUUAGAGCUCUAGAUUGGCAUGCAGACAGCCAUGGACUCGGGCUGAGCUACAGUCCUCCUGUGGGGAGGAAGAAAGAGAAAAUCUGUAAGCUCACCCCUAGCUCCUCCCAUGCCCGUCCAGCUCAGAGACCAAAUUCUAAAUUAGUUCAUGAUUGGCUAUUGGCAAGGAAAUAAGUUCCAAAGUCAUUGUCAAUGGUUAGAAUCAUGAAGAAAUUUCAGUUUGAAGGAUCGCCAGGGGCUCUUACAGCUAAUUCUCCCAGAUCCACGUGCUGCUACAUUUGCAUCAGUUGCAGCCUCGGCUAACGUCUUGGGACUUCAGAGUCACCAACCUGGUAGCACAGUACUGCUGAGCUAUGGAACUAACAGCAGCUCUUUGAGGGAAGAAGAUAAUUCCCUGUUUAUUUAAUCUGUCAUUUAAUAGUGUGAUCACUUGUAGGCAAAGCAUUUCUGGCUCCAUCAGAUAGAUCUUAGGCAAAUGGUUAUGAGAUAAUGAUACCAGUGAGCUGGACUGGUCAUGUUGUCAAAAUCAUGUGUGUGUGCCAACAUUCCUAACCCAGCUUGGGGGUCAGUGAUUUCCUAUGAAGACAGACAAUACAGCUGAUGGAUACAGUGAAGGGUACCACACGCCAAUUAAAUACUAAUCUUCCAAGAGGCCCUCCCAAGGAUAACAGUUCAGACCUGUGUGUUAACUCUCUGCUGCACCAAAUAGAUACGGUUUCAAUCAAGGUCUAGAGGGAGCAAGAUAAUUUGGGGGAAAUACCAGUUUCCUCGAACUUCCUUUUCUUCACGCUCUCCAUUUUCUUUAGUGAGUCUGGUUUCAGGAUGGUUGAUGAAUAUUGUUUGCAUGAUUCGGGGGGUUUCCUCCUUGUAAAAUUUUUGAGGUGGCAGAAUUGACGUUCUACUUUAAUUUCAUCUUGGUGACACUUUUGACUCACAACCUAAAGGAACCUAAACACUGAGUAAACAAGAAAGAAUAAAAAAGAAUGCUAUUGGUCAA